AUGGCCAUGAUCGCAGUGCAGGUGGUGCUCGAGAAACUGGCUUCCUUUGUAGCAGAAGAAACACGGUUCUUGGGAGGAGUUAGAGGGGGAAUCGUUGAACUGCUGGAUGAUUUGUAUAGCAUGAAAUCUUUCCUUCAGGAUGCGGAAGAAAGGAGUGAGAGUGAUCAAGGACUGAGAGCCUGGGUCAAACAAGUGAGAGAUGUGGCUUAUGAUGCCGAGGACAUUCUUGAAGAGUUCAUGCUCCGGUUUGCUCCAUCUCACGAGAGUGGUUUUAUCCAUCAUCUUCGCAAUUCAUAUCGUUCCAUCCGUAAAUUAAGUGCACGGCACCGGCUGGCAGUCCAGCUACAAAGCAUUAAAGCAAGGGUGAAAGCCAUUUCAGAGAGAAGAAAUGCAUUUUCUUUGAAUAGGAUAGAUAUGCCAUCAACCUCCAGUGCUACCGUAGAGAAAUGGCAUGAUCCCCGGUUAGCUGCUCUUUACUUAGAUGAAGCUGAUGUCGUGGGAAUUGAGAACCCAAAACAUCUACUGGUUUCGUGGCUUGUAGAAGGAGAAGAAAAGCUCUCCAGUAUCUCUGUGGUUGGAAUGGGUGGGUUGGGAAAAACAACCCUCGUAAAGAAAGUCUAUGACAGCCACCCCAUCAGAAGAAGCUUUGAUACCUAUUCUUGGGUUACAGUUUCCAAAUCGUUUGCAUCCACGGAGCUCCUACGAGUUGCUCUGCAGGGGUUUCUGGUGACAGCAAACGAACCUGUUCCGGAUAAUUUGCAAUCAAUGACUGACUUCCAAUUAAUUGAUGCUCUAAGAAAUUAUCUAUGGAGAAGGAGGUAUGUCAUUGUUUUGGAUGAUGUAUGGAAUGUAAACGCUUGGGAAACAAUAAAGUAUGCAUUUCCUGAUUGUAACUGUGGUAGUAGAAUUAUCUUCACUACACGUUUAAGUAACUUGGCUGAAUCUAUAGAGAACACUAGUCAUGUUUAUGAACUCCAAGCUUUAUUAGAAAAUGAAGCUUGGACCCUCUUUUGUAUGAAAGCCUUCAGAGGGGAACAUAAGGCUGUAUGCCCUCCAGAACUGGAAGAGAUGUCUCGAAAUAUCUUAAAGAAGUGUGAGGGACUGCCACUUGCAAUUGUAGCAACAGGAGGCCUACUGUCGAAGAAGAAAAACGGAGGUUUGGAAUGGAAGAAAGUCCAUGACUGCCUAGCUACAGAAUUGAAAAGUAACGACGACCUUGGGAGUCUACGUAGAAUACUUCAACUAAGUUACGAUAAUCUUCCUUACUACCUCAAACAGUGUUAUUUGUAUUUAAGUGUUUUUCCAGAGGAUUAUUUGAUAAAAAGAAUGAAGUUGAUCCGGCUAUGGAUAGUUGAAAGGUUUGUGGAAGAGAAGCAAGGCUUUACAAUGGAGGAAGGAGCAUAG